CACUCCCGGCUAGCGGGUCGCAGGGCUGCCGCUGUCUGCCCGGGAGGUGAUGAUGGAGGGUCGGAAGGGGAGCGCUGCAGAGGCAGCUCCUCCAGCCACUUGGCUGCUACCCGGUGAUCCUGGCCCCAGGGGCCGCUCCCAAAGCGACAUCUCCUCCUUCUGUUCCUCCAGAAGAAGCCACCCGUUCAGGUUCAACAUCACAGGCUCAGUUGAUGGAUUAGACAAGGCUUCAGUUGCAAAUUCUGAUGGGCCAACCCCAGGAUCCCAGACGCCUCCUUUCAAGAGAAAAGGCAAACUCUCUACCAUUGGCAAAAUCUUUAAACCUUGGAAAUGGCGGAAGAAGAAGACCAGUGACAAAUUUAAAGAAACAUCAGCAGUGUUGGAAAGGAAGAUUUCCACAAGACAAAGUAGAGAAGAGCUGAUAAGAAAGGGUGUUCUGAAGGAAAUGCCUGAGCAAGUUGGUGAUGUAACAGUAAAUUUUGAAACCUCAAAUGGGCACACCAUAACUAUCAGUGAAGAAACCAUCCAGGAAGAAAAUGUAAUAAAGACCACAGAAGACAAUGGCUCCUUAUCUGCCAAAGCGUCUGCUGUGGAAGGAAAAAAAGAAGAUAAAAAAGAGAGCACUGUUAACUGUCCUGAAAAACCAGCAUCCCAUGCUCCACCGCCGCCUAAGUCUAGGCCUAAACCUAAAAAAGCAUCAAUACCUCCAAAAAAUGUUACUACUGCUGCUGCCACCGCCACCAGCCAUAAGAGUAAUGAAGCACCUCAUGUUAAAAAAAAAGUCAAGGCUCCUGCUAAGCAGUCCCCUGUCCCACCUCCCAAGCCAACAGGUCACAAUGCAAAUCGAGAAGCUGCUAGCUCCUCUCACGUAAAAAAAUUACCCGUCUCCAAGUCAUCUUCUUCACAAUCUCUUUCAUCCACAUCAUCUCAUCCGAAAGCCUCUAAGGAGACAGCACCUAGUAAAACGGGCACAUCAGGGACUGCCAGGGUCAAGAAAAAACCGGGGGAGCAGGCAGUCCCACGAACUCGUGCAGAUGGGGACAUUUCUUCCACCUCCAAUGCAGCAGCAAACAGUUUAGAAACAAAGGUGGAAAGCUCUCAGCCAGAGCAACCUCCCAUCAUAAUUUCUGAAUCUGAAGAUACAGACCAGCAGAGCAAACUGAUUGUCCCUCCUCCUCCCACUGCUGCUGCUCCUCCUCCUCCACCGCCGCUGCUGCUGCCUUCCUCUCCUUCUUCAGCCAGUCAGUCCACUGACUCCUCAGAAACACCAGAUGUACCCAUUAGCACCAAAGCAGGCCUGUCUGUCCCAGGCUCAGAUUCUAAUCCUGUUCUCCAGACUGAACAUGAAACAGACAAUGAAGAUCUUAGCAGUAUAGCCCUAGACAAUAGCCUGGAUAGGAGUGAAGAAAACACAACAUGUUCAGUUACCAAAGAAGACCAGGAAGAGGAGACUUCUAACCUAGCAAGUCCUCAACCAACAGAAGAACCUCCUGAGCCUAUGGAAAGUGAGAGCAGCAAAGAGAGCCACACCAGUGACUCCGAUUCAGAUGGGCCAAUACUCUACACUGAUGAUGACGACGACGACGACGACGACAACACAAGUGCAGAAAGCUCUUUGGCAAGUAAAAUCCGUCGUAGGGAUACUCUUGCUAUCAAACUUGGCAACAGACCAUCUAAAAAAGAAUUGGAAGACAAAAACAUCUUGCAGCGUACCUCUGAGGAGGAGAGGCAGGAAAUCAGACAUCAGAUCGGAACGAAGCUAGUGAGGAGACUUAGCCAGAGGCCUACAACUGAAGAGCUAGAGCAGAGAAAUAUCCUGAAGCAGAAGAAUGCAGAAGAAGAACAGGAAGCCAGGAGAGAAUUAAAACGCAGUCUCAGCAGAAAGCUCAGUCUGAGACCUACAGUGGCUGAACUGCAGGCAAGAAGAAUCCUACGUUUCAAUGAAUAUGUGGAGGUAACAGAUUCCCCGGAUUAUGAUCGUCGAGCAGACAAGCCUUGGGCAAGGUUAACUCCUGCAGACAAGGCAGCAAUACGGAAAGAACUGAAUGAAUUUAAAAGCACAGAAAUGGAAGUACAUGAGGAAAGUCGACAGUUUACAAGGUUUCAUCGUCCAUAAUUGUUUGACAGUAUCCCAUACUUCACACCCCCGUUUCCUUUGGGAAAAUCAUUGCAUCAUGAAGACCUGAGAUUGCACUGGAACUUGAACGAGUGUGAGUGUGUGUUGCAGCUUACGCUGAGGUUAAUGAAGAAUGUGGCCCUCAUCUUUAUUAGAGAACAAGAGAUUUUACUGGGACCAGAACCCAGGGAAAGUGGGGGAAGCAUUCCAUGUUAACUAAGCAAUGUCUUGACGGUAAGAGAGAUUGUGAUUCUGUGGCUAGCUCACACAGAUACAUUGAUAUUUUUUCAUCAAAGCUUGAACAGACAGGAAGAGCUGAAGACAAUCGUUUGACAGCCUGUGGCCACGAACUCAUCAGACUUUACAUCAUGGUGACUGAGGGUAAUUGUGGGUACAGUGGGAACACAGAGAGAGGCGGGCAGGGAAAGAGACUUUGCCUGUCAGUUAUAGAAAAAAGUUAGAACUGGUAGUAAAUUCUUUAUGAAACUGGUUUAAUUAUAUAUUUGGAUGGCAGGAGGAAAAGAUUUGUAAAUCUGGGAGUUUAAGCAACUAUGUGUGUUUUCUCUAGAGACUUUGGCCUGUUCUAGCAAGACAGUACGCCACCAAGUCCUCAUUUCAUCAGUACUUUAGUGAAGUACAGUAAUUUUUGUGGUGCCAGUGAACCUACUUGCCAGAAAUUAUUCUUGUUAUAAUUAAGAUGUAUUUUUAAAAAUUCUGAAAAGCAUGCUUAAAGAAAAUACAUUGAGUAUUCGUAUAGCACAGCUAAAUAUGGUUGGUGGUUUUUUAAUACAUUACAUCUUGGAUUCUCUAUGAUGAUGCAUCAGAAUUACACAAGUAGGUUUCAAAGGACAAAUAACAGGACACUGUGAGUGCAAUGAAAGGAUUCAGAUUUUGAAACACUCUUCUUUUGUCUGUCACUCACGUUGUUGUCAAAGUAGUGGCACCAAUAUCUCUGUGAACUAUGGCAGACAGUAUUGACAAUCAUGACAUUCUAAUUUGAAUCCAGAUUUAGAACUGAAAUCAGCCACGAAUUUGCAUAUAAGUAGGUUUGGAAAGUGGUUAACAGUGUGACUUUAACUUUAAGAGCAACAUUAGAUGGAUCCCUUGGAUUGCUUCUAGAAAGAAUUAAUAUGUGGAUCAGUACAUCUUCAUCAAGGGCCUUGUAAAAGCUACAGAAAAUCCUUAGUGUCCACAGCCUGUUUUUGUUGUAUGCAAAGAAUGCUUAUUAACUCACAACUUCUGAAAUUGUAUGUGUGAAUACAAUACUAUUAAAAUUAAAUGGUAUGGAGUGUGAAAGGCAGUGUGUGCUUUUGUUAUGUCAGCCCUAAGGCCUAUUACAAGCCUUUGGCAUUGUUUACACUAAAAAAUUCUCUGUCUUAUAUUGGCACUUAUUUAUCCUUUGAUUUAUGUACACAAUGACUUUUCUGGGCCUGGAGUACACACAAAUAUAUAUGUAAUGUAGUAUUACAGUAUAUAUACUAUUUAUCCUUUUUUAUAUGUGUAUA